AUAUACGUGAUCGGAUAUAGUGUGGAAAAAGAGUUUGCGCAUUCUCUGUGCCUCCGGUAUCCGAUGUGGUAACACUAACUUAGUCUUGAUCCUUUGGAACAAGUCCCGGAUCUCUGACAAUUGUAUUUUGUAGAAAAACAAUUAUUCAACAAUGACUAUAAAGCACAUUGCAAUACUUGGUACAACUACCAUUGUACUUGGCGCAACUACAGUGCCACACUCUAUUGGUUUAGAAACAUAUAGAAAACUUAGAGCUAAAUAUCGCAUGAAUAAAACGGAAGAACCAGUUAAGAGAAAAUAUAAAAAUAUAUUUCAAGAAGUAAUGGAUGAUUUGAAAUUAGAAGAAGAGGAAAAAAAGAAACUACAAAUUUUCAACGUUAUCGGUUAUGAUAUGUUUCAUGCUGGAUCAACAUCAUCAAAGUAUGGUGGAGCGAUUGGAAUUCCAAUGCAUUUUCAAUACACAGAUGUAAACAGCGUGGACAAAGACAACAUAUAUUUAAUGGACAAACCUGUUGAUUGGGGUCAACGAGCUGGAACAAAUUUCUUGAACUCGCUAAUACUUUCAGAUGAUGCUAAGAAAUUUGCAAUAGCUCAAGAAAUCUUAAAAGUAAAAGGCAAUCAGUUGCUUAACCUUGCAGUAGAAACUUUGAUUAAUAUUGGAAUAGUCAUUAUUGUAUAUAACCUAUUGUAUAAAGGAUUCAAAAUUUCUCAAAGAAAAAAAUUGGUACGUUAUUCAUUUCAUAUUAUUGCAACUAUGCUAGGAUCUCUUUUGUAUCGUGCAUCCGCAGUUAUGCGUAAUUAUACAUUUGAAAUGAAAAUUGAUGAACAAUUAGCUCAACUAAAUCCUAAGUAUAUCGAAGGUGGUAAGGAAUUUUAUAGUAAGUUAUUAAGUAGAAACAUUGCUUUGAGAACGCUUUUAGGAGAAACUGGCCCAAAGUUAUUUACAGUUGAUGGAAACGAAAAGAUGUUCCUCUGGCCAAGAACAGUAUCAAUUUUUGAUAAGAAAUUUUUCUUCGAGUCAAGAAUGGAAAAUACUGAACAAUUAGUGUAAUAUUGUUUCUGUAUCUCAGUAAUAAUUCUGUGAAUUAACAUCUUUGUAUA